GCUGAUAAAUCAAUGGAUGGAACAAAUCGUUCUGUGGUGUCAGAGUUUGUGUUCCUGGGACUCACCAAUUCCUGGGAGAUCCAACUUCUCCUCUUUGUGUUCUCCUCCACCUUUUAUGUGGCAAGCAUGAUGGGAAACUCCCUCAUUAUGCUCACUGUGAUUUCUGACCCUCACUUACACUCCCCCAUGUACUUUCUGUUGUCCAACCUCUCCUUCAAUGACCUGGGAGUUUCUUCUGUCAUCACGCCCAAGAUGGUUUAUGACCUUUUCAGAAAGCGUAAAGUCAUCUCCUUUGGUGGUUGCAUUACUCAGAUCUUCUUCAUUCACGUCAUUGGUGGUGUGGAGAUGGUGCUGCUCACAGCCAUGGCCUUUGACAGAUAUGUUGCCAUAUGUAAGCCUCUCCACUAUUUGACUAUUAUGAGCCGAAAAAUGUGCACUUUGCUUCUGGUUGCUGCAUGGAUAAUUGGCUUGAUACACUCUGUGAUUCAACUGUUUUUUGUUAUAAAAUUGCCAUUUUGUGGCCCUAAUGUGUUAGACAGCUUUUACUGUGACUUUCCUCGGUUCCUAAAACUUGCCUGCACAGACACCUACAGGUUAGAGUUCAUGGUCACAGCCAACAGCGGAUUUAUAUCUCUGGGAUCAUUCUUCACAUUGAUUGUCUCCUAUAUUUUUAUCCUGAUCACUAUUCGAAAACUGUCUUCAAGUGCAUCAUCCAAGGCCCGCUCCACUUUGUCGACUCAUGUCAUGGUGGUGAUUUUGUUCUUCGGUCCUUGCAUCUUUGCUUAUAUCUGGCCUCACCCCACAUCACAUCUAGACAAAUUCCUUGCUGUUUUUGAUGCAGUUCUCACUCCUUUUUUAAAUUCAGUCAUCUACACAUUCAGGAACAAAGAAAUGAAAGUGGCAAUGAGGAAAGUAUGCCAUCAAUUUAUUAUUUAUAGAAGAAUUUCAUAA